AUGGUAAAACCACUUAUUGCUCCAUCUAUCUUAGCAUCAGAUUUCGCCAACUUAGGUUGCGAUUGUCAUAGGGUCAUCGAUGCAGGUGCCGACUGGUUGCAUAUCGACGUCAUGGACGGACACUUUGUGCCAAAUAUCACAUUGGGUCAGCCUAUCAUCACCUCUUUGAGAAAAUCAGUGGGUCGUCCAAACGACCAAACAGCAAAACAUAAAGCAUUCUUUGACUGUCACAUGAUGGUGGAAAAUCCAGAGAACUGGGUAUCUGACUUCGUUAAAGCUGGUGCCGAUCAAUUUACUUUCCAUUACGAAACAACAAAGAACCCAUUGGAACUGAUUAAGCUGAUCAAGUCCUUUGGUAUCAAGGCCGCCUGCGCUAUCAAACCAGGCACCCCAGUGGACGUGCUAUUCGAACUAGCACCAUUUCUGGAUAUGGCUUUGGUUAUGACCGUGGAACCUGGUUUUGGUGGACAGAAAUUCAUGCCUGAUAUGAUGAGCAAAGUGGAGACUCUAAGACGCAUGUAUCCAAAUUUGAAUAUCCAAGUCGAUGGUGGUUUGGGAAAAGAAACUAUCCCUUAUGCCGCCAAAGCAGGUGCUAAUGUUAUUGUCGCUGGUACCAGUGUCUUCACUGCAAAGGAUCCUGCAGAUGUCAUUUCUUUUAUGAAGGAAGAAGUUAGAAAGGAAUUAGAAAAUAAAGGUUUACUGGACUGA